CUCUUUCAAAGGGGAAAUGGAUGUUGGCUAUACAAGCCUCAGGGGUCAACUGCCAUGUUUCCCUAAGAAUGUAGUUGCUGCAACACUUUGGUUGCUUUUGCAAGUAUUCAUUUGCAGUAUGGGAAAAGAACAAAAGCUUGGCGUUCAGGAAAUUACAUUAUGUAAAAUGACUUCAAGUGCAGCCUUUAUUAUGAUGAAACCUAUCAUGCUUGCAAAUGGAGAGACUCAUUCCUGUGAUCUGUUUUUUAGAAAGUGGCUUCAAGUUUUGGUUGACUGGAAGCUGGAUGUCCCUCCUAUGAGUCAGCCUGAUCUUGGAAUUAUUACUUUGGCUUACUUUGAUGGAGAGAAGCGUAGCAGCUGGGCAGUUUUAACCUUUCAGGAAAUCAAGGAUGAUUGUGUUGAACUUCCUUUUGAGUUAAAUCAUUUCUUCGAUGGAGGAUUUGGCUCUGACUCAUUUGAUAUUGAACCGGGUGGAACUGUAAAUUCAUGUACUGGAAAAACUAUUGGAAGUAUGCUCUUUGUUAAUGAUGAUAUGAAUUCUUCAUUUGAGUAUGUGGGUGUUACUUGUAUGAAUUAUGAGGGUAAUGAGGAUGACUGUUUUGCGGUUUUGAAUGAUGUUUCUGCUGAGACGAUGAGUAUGGUUGGUAAAGAUAGGGUGAAGGUUACUAUUAAUCCUAUGGCUAAAUUUGUUUUUAAUCACGAUGGCGAAAUGAUUUCAAGUGAUUGUGUUGUCCCAUGGAGUGAUGUUUCCUUUGGUAUGCUGAAUUGUGUUGAAGAGUCUGUUGGUAUGUUUAGUCUUUUUAAAGACGGUGUGAUUCACAACGUUGAUAUUCCUGUGUAUUUGAAUGAAGAAAAUGAUCAUAUGAUUUUGGAUUUAACUGAUAUCGAGGUUGUGACUCUGGAACUGAGUGAUUGGAGCUUUGAAUCUUUCAGUUUAAAUGAUCCUGUCAAUGAUGAUUGUAUGAAAUCGAACUAUAAUUCUUUGACAUUGGAUGGAAUAUCUAUUGUUAAAGGUUCAUUUAAUGUUGACAAGUGCUGGAAAUUUGUGGAUAAUUCGGUGUUUGAAAAAGGGUCAUUUCAGGUUGACCCGGGGGGAGUCAAGUGUCUUGUUGAUGUUGAUUGUGGUAAAGUUGCGCAGAAGUAUGAUGGUAGUAAUAUAGUGGCUGAUGAUUGGUUGUCAAAUGGCAUGUUUAACUCCUUUGAAGCGGAUUUUACACUAAAUGAUAAGCUGGCGAUUGAUUUGGUUGUGCUUAAAAGGGAAGAUAAAGUUACUUUUUGA